GAAAAUAUCUGUAUAACGAUAAGAGAGUAAAAAUCAGCCACUUGAGAAUGAUUUUCAAGUUUUUACAAUGUUUACAUUUUCUUUACUGUAGAUAUUAGGGCAAUAGAGUAGACACAACCACAUCAAUUAAAAUAUUUGCAUGAUGAACGAAAGUGAAUUAAAUUCAUUAGAUGCGGAAGCAUCGAAUAAAGUACAAAUUCUUGAGACGCCAGAAGAGAGAAAAAUGAGACAAUUGUCUCUCAAAAUCAUCUACUUCACAAUGUUUCUCAUGACACUCGGAUUCUCAAUUAUUUUGACUGGCAUUUGGCCGUACUUAGAUAAGUUAGACAAAAAUGCUGGGAAAGAAUUUAUGGGUAUGAUUGUUGCCGCAAAUCCAUUAGGUCAAUUUAUAUUUUCACCAAUUUUUGGAUGGUGGGCAAACAAGGCAUCAUCGAUUCGCACGCCGUUUAUCGUGUCUAUGAUAAUUUUCUGUCUUGCAAGUGCCAUGUACUCUUGUUUGGAUAUUGUUGAAAGUAAUGUAAAAUAUUGGAUGGUUUUUGCUAGAUUCUUUGUUGGAGUCUCAUCUGCGAAUAUUGAUCUCUUGACGCAACAUCAAUCAAUUCCAUUAAUUAUAAGUAAUAGCAGAUCCAAUUAUCUUACACGAAAUCGCAUUUUAUUAGUAAUUUGCAGAAGUUAUGUAUCAGCAGCAACAACGCUUAAAGAGAGAACCAAAGCUGUUUCAUUAUUAACCCUAGCACAAACAUUAGGAUUUAUUUUCGGACCAAUGCUUCAAGGCAUUUUCACACCACUCGGUGGUGAAGGAAUCAAAAUGUUUUACAAUAUUCCACUGUCAAUGUAUACGGCGCCAGGAUGGUUGAAUGUCUUCUUAGGAUUAUUAAAUCUUAUUUUAUUCUUUCCAAAGUUUUUCCAAGACAAGAGAGUAGCGGCUCGUGAGCAAAUGCUGAUUCAUGGAAAAGAGACUGAAAAGGAAACGUGGAAAGCUAUUAAGCCGGAUUAUCUUGUGUCAUGGGCUUUGAUCUUCUCACUUUUUGUGUUUGUAUUUAACUUUGUAUUACUUGAAAGCCUUGGAACGCCUUUAACAAUGGACCAGUUUGCAUGGACAAAAAAAGAGGCACUUGAAAAUAUGGCAUAUAUUAUGACUGCCGGCGGAAUUAUUGCAUGUGGAACUUUCCUGAUGAUAUCACCACUGUGUAAAAAGUUCAAAGAGAAUGAUGUAUUGAUUUAUGGUGGUUUCUUCCUUAUGAUAUUGGGUAGAUUCACACAUAUUCCAUACGGGAAUGAAACUCCAAAGCUAGCCUAUCCCAAAGAAUAUGGUUUUGAGAAUGGAACGUAUGUAAUAUUUAAGGAUGAUGAUGAAGCUGUGUUAGGGUGUCCAUUUAUCGAGCAGAAAUGGUGUUCAACGACACCAAAACUCGGAUUCACAGAGUUUAUUGUCGGAUACUUACUUACUAGUUUUGGAUAUCCUAUCGGCCUUACGCUUAUUCAGACAAUUUUUUCCAAAGUACUGGGACCACGUCCCCAAGGCAACUGGAUGGGACUAAUGACAAAUGCUGGAUGUUUAUCGAGAAUUUUUGGUCCAAUCUGUGUGUCAAUGCUUUACACUAGAUUUGGUACACUUGUUAUUAUGUUGUUCACAUUAGUUUUAAUGCUUAUACCAAUGAUAUGGUUGUUCUUACUUAAAGAUCGACUUUAUAUAGAAGAGUUUAAGGAUCGGACGGUUGAAAUGGAAAACAUGAGUGAGAGAAGAAAUUUACAGUCAGAAAAAGAUAAUAUUAGCUAAUAAAGACUUUAUUUACAAAUUUAA